UCAAGCCGAGACCAAAGUUGGUGGUGUAAUCCGAUCCUAGUCUUCUUGUGUUCGAUUUCAUCUCUUCCUGCGAAUUUCAGCUUUUUUCCCCCUUUCAGAGAUAUGUCUUCAAGGGAGAGACUAGGUUCAUCUAAGCAGCAUUAUAGCCGAGGCAUGUCAACUAGUGGUUCAUCAUCAUCCCGGCACCACGAGACCAUCUCUUCCGCUUCUGACCACCGGGUUUCCCAUUCUGACGUUCUUGAAAACAAGAUUGCAGCUCGAGCUGCUGAGAUUGACCGUCUCUCUAGUGACAACCGCAAACUUGCUGCUAGCUACGUAGCUCUCAAGGAAGACCUAUCCCUUGCUGACCGCGAAGUCCAGGGACUGAGAGCUCACAUCGUCAAGACAGAGACAGACGGCGAGAUUCAGAUCCGAGGUGCACUCGAGAAGAUUGCGAAACUUGAGGGUAUUGUCAACAACAGGGAUAACAUCAGGAGGGAGCUGCAAUCAGCUCACAUUGAGGCUCAUACAUUAGCCAGAGAACGCGAGGAGCUAGCUGCACAGGUGAAGGCGGCAGUAAAGGAGUUGAAGAAGGUUUGCCUCGAGUCAGAGGGUCUAGAGUCUUCAGUUCAAGAGCUUGAGCGGUUGAAAGAAGAGCACCAGAGAUUAAGGGAAGAGUUUGAUGCAGAGAAGAGCGGUAACGUAGAGAAACUUGAGCAAUUGAAAGAGAUGGAGAGCAACAUAAUCGGAUCAGUCAAAGCUAUUGAGAAGCUGCGAAGUGAGAUCGCAACCGCAAGGAGUAGAGCUUGAGACUCAAAAGAGGGUCUUUCUAUUUAGGGAGAGAUUCAAAGAACCAACCAAAACUGUGUU